AAAGAGGGAGGGGGCGUCGGUGUUCCGCGGACAGCUGACGUUCCCGUUUUUAAGCGGGCAAUAGGUAGGACCAGAACUCUAAAAACAGGAAUAGCUCGGAUUCUCUGAAUGAAUGUCCUAUUUCACGCGCUUGACCACUCAUUCCCCCUCGCCGACUGUCACUUCAACUCAUCAGUUGCUUUUUCCCCACGGCGCACCAUGCGAGGGGAGUCGCACCCUGUGCCAUGCUAAACAACUCCCUAACUGUUCUGCUGGUUCUGAGCGGUGUCGCCGUACUUCUCCAGUUUUCCUACGGCUUGAGUGACGAAGACCUUCUGCUCCCUCCAAUCAACUCCACGAACAGAUUUUUGGCGAACUUGGAGGUGGACGUGCGCUACGCCAAAAGAUCGGUGGAAGAGACCGAAGCCUCUUCGGAGACUUCGCCUCAGCCGCUACCUCAGUGUAACGUCAGCGUACAGAGGCUUUUCCCCACCUCACUCGUGGCGCGGUGGGGUAGCAACUUUGGGUUCCAGUGUGAUGUGCUCAUCUACACCACCAACAACCAUGGCAGGGCUUUUUUCUCUGCCGCUUUCAACCGCGCCAUCUCACCUGUUGUUAUCGAACACCUUGGAGUUACCGGAGGACAGCAGGAAUUCAGAUUGUGUGUUGGAUGUGGCAUGGCGAGAUAUAGGAGGUUUGGACAGGGGAAUUUGAGAGGGCAGCAAACGGGAGACCCCAUUAACUUCUGCUGUAUAGACUUCGGGCUCGAUGAACUGAAGGGGGACAAGAGUUGGAGGUUAAACCGCAAACCCAUCGAGUCUACCCUCGUUGCCUGCUUCAUGACAUUAGUUAUUAUAGUGUGGAGCGUUGCUGCCCUCAUAUGGCCAGUGCCUAUUAUUGCAGGAUUUCUACCCAACGGAAUGGAACAGAGGCGCUCAAGAUAAAAAGGAGGAAUUGGUAGCCUACUGUCGUCUGGACAGGACAUCGUCGGAAAAUAUCCUUUAAUCCUGUGGUAGUUUACAACCAUGCGUUAUACUUUUGGUCAAAAAGUGCUGUAUGCGGUGUUUCCAAGUCAGUAAAACUUGUUACUUUGUUGCUGUUUGCAGUUCCAUUUGUAGACAUAGCCUAUAGCCUGUUAUGAUCUAUUUUGAAUGGGAUUUAUUUUAUAAAUCUAUAUUUCUUAGAAUAUCUGUGAUAUUCAGGUGUCACUAUAAUGUUUGUAUCAUUUUUAUAUCUUUGUAGAAUAUUUGCUUAAUUUUUAGUGUUUAAAUAAAAUGUAGGCUACUUUGUCUCAGAUAAUGUAUUUUAAGAUGCUCUGCAUGGUUCUUAUGGCUAAAAUAUUUUUAUUCCUCCAUGUUCAUAGAUAAUGACACCUAAGGAUUUUAUAUUAAUAAGAUAGCCAUUAUUAUAGAAUUUGAUAUUGACCUUGGUGUUUUUCACCAUUUAAACUGGUCAAAUGAAAGAUUGAGAUUUUACUUAAUAUGAGAUGGGCUACCAAGUUAACCUGACCUUGUAGGCUAUAUCUUGAAAAAAUGUUAUGCCUACAAUAUAUUGUGACAGCAACAGGGACUUGAGCAUUAAUUGUUUAGGAUUUUGGCGGACAUUGGGGGGUGCAAAGAUGUUUGGUCUGUGUAAUAAAGA